GAGAUGCUUCCGAUUCAGUGCGCCCUGAACUCUGCGCAUGCCUAGACAGACAAGAUUUACUGUUGUAUUUCCUGCUUGGGUUUUCCUUUCGGAGCAAUGGCAGAAGUGAAAGCCUUCCUAAUUUGUGCAGUUCCUGUUGUGGUCUUUCUAAGUUCAUCGGUGCUUGCAGUUGUCGAAGAUCUAGAUGACACAUUUAAGGACACGAGAGUGGACGAUGUCUGGCUGGUGGAUUUCUAUGCACCAUGGUGUGGAUACUGUAAAAAGCUGGAGCCUGUUUGGUAUGAGAUUGGCGCGGAGCUGAAGAGCUCAGGGUCUCCAGUCCGAGUGGGGAAGAUGGAUGCCACUGCAUACUCAGGUAUCGCAUCUGAGUUUGGAGUACGAGGAUACCCCACAAUUAAACUGCUAAAGGCUGAUCUUGCCUAUAAUUACAAAGGGCCAAGGACAAAGGAUGACAUCAUUGAGUUUGCCAACAGGGUUGCAGGACCAGCAGUGAGAGCACUGCCCAGUAAGCAGAUGUUUGAUCACAUGUUGAAGCGACACGCCGUGCUGUUUGUCUACGUGGGCGGAGAGUCACCUCUCAAGGAGAAGUAUAUCGACGUGGCCUCCGAGCUCAUUGUUUACACAUACUUCUUCUCAGCCUCGGAAGAGGUCUUACCUGAGUCAGUGACUUUGCUAGAGUUACCCUCGGUUGUGGUCUUCAAGGACGGAGCCUACUUCACCUAUGAUGAGUAUGAGGAUGGCAGCUUGUCUUCCUGGGUCAACAAAGAGCGUUUCCAAGGAUACCUUCAGAUUGAUGGCUUCACCCUGUACGAGCUGGGAGAGACCGGAAAAUUGGUGGCGAUUGCAGUCAUCGAUGAGAAGGACCCGACCGAGGCGAGCAGCAGAUUAAAGAGUAUGAUUCAGCAAGUGGCAAAGGAGUACCGGGAGCAUUUUAACAGGGACUUCCAGUUUGGUCACAUGGAUGGAAACGACUACAUCAGCAGCCUCAUCAUGGGCGACGUGUCGGUGCCUUCCUUCAUCAUACUCAACACGUCUAAUGAGCAGUAUUUCCUGCCCCGCGAGCCUGUGGACUCUCUGGAGCAGCUGGUCAACUUCAUCAACAGUGUUGUGGACGGAUCGGCUCAGGCCCAUGGAGGAGAUGGCUUCAUCCAGAGGAUAAAGCGCGUGGCCUUUGACGCCAGAUCCACCAUCAUGUCGGUGUUCCGUAGUUCCCCGGUGCUGGGCUGCUUCCUGUUCGGCCUGCCGCUGGGCGUGAUCAGCCUCAUGUGUUACGGCAUCUGCACCGCCGAGGGCGACGACGACACGGAGCGCAUGAAGAGGGAGGGUCUCACCGACGAGGAGGAGGAGGAGGAGGAAGAGGAGCGCCGGCAGGCCGCCGAGCUGGAGGGCCCCGAGGAAGGAGCGGACGAGGAGGAGGAGGAGGAGGAGCAGGAUGUGGAGGAGAAGAAACCGGAGGAGAAGAAAACCGAUUAACCCAUGGGAGGGGCCACGGCAGGGUUGAGAGAGGCCCAGGGGAAUGACACGGUGACAUAAGAAGUCAAAGACAUAUCAUGUUAUUGUUUUGUUGUUGAUGUUCCAUUUCCCCUCCCUUCCCGGCUCUGCAGUCUAUUGUAAUGUUUAUUUUUUAUUUUUUUAUCCCUACUGUACUGUCAAUAUGUGAGGUCAGCAGUUUGCUUUACAGGGCAAAUUACAUCCAAGACAAGCCUUCUAGAUAUAUAUAGAGAACAAUGAAGAGAGGGAGGGAAGAACCAAAACCAAAUAUUUAAUUAAAUUAUGGGAUUUAGUUUAUUUCUAUUCUUCAAUUCUAACAUCCUCCAUUGUACAGGGAGUAUAUUUGUGUUCCGUUGAAUAGCUGUGUUGAAACUAUUUCUUAUCAAGACCUGUCACUUUGGAUAAUUAUCAGAACUCCCUUUGGUUUUUCCAUGACGCAAUCAAAACAAAUUGAAGAAAAAAAAGAAUUAUAAUAUUAAGUUGCCCCGCUAUACCCAUGCUGAAUUCUGGACUCUGAGGCCCCUUGCACAGGGAGAUCCCAUAAAAGGAAGCUCUGAGCUGUCUUGUCUAAACACUUUUUAUUAUGCUGUUUUUGUUGUGUGUGUGUGUGUGUGUCCCCUGCAGAGACAGUGCCGAGUCAGUCUAGUUUUCUUCUGUUAUCUGGGAUGUGUACACCUUCCUUCAUAGGCCAGCUCUGGUUCACAUCACAUACUGUCUGGAAGCUUAGCCAGAGAGGUAGGACUGUUUCACGUCACUCCCAUGCUACUCAUAGACGAUAGCACUGUCAGUAGCUUUUAUAUUUCAGGUAACUUGUGGUUGAUGGUGGAGAUAAAAAAAACGUAGUAGUAGUUAUAGUGUCUUUGCUCUAACACAUCCUUUCUCUCUGCUGAUCAUUAUAUAAGUAGAAAUUCUAAAUAGAAGUAGGCCUUUGCGUUGGCGCAAACAAGGUUUGCUUAUCUUUCUGAAGCAAAAUGAGUGUGUGGCCAUAACCGUGUGGUGACAGACGGAUACCUUGGGAAGCUCAUCUGGGAUAGGAGCAGAACCUUGUGGAGUGGUGGUGUUGGAAUGUUCGAGAACCUUCUGGAGUGGUGGUGUUGGAAUGUUCCAGAACCUUCUGGAGUGGUGGUGUUGGAAUGUUCCAGAACCUUCUGGAGUGGUGGUGUUGGAAUGUUCCAGAACCUUCUGGAGUGAUGGUGUUGGAGUGUUCCAGAACCUUCUGGAGUGGUGGUGUUAGAAUGUUCCAGAACCUUCUGGAGUGGUGGUGUUGGAAUGUUCCAGAAUUGAUGGCUCUCUUCCUUCCCCGUCUGUAGGUAAAGUGUAACUGAAUAUGACGCACUAGGGCAAAGAGAAGUGCUUCCACAGAAAACGGUUGCCUCUUUAAAUCCCGUCAGAUUAGGGCUUUCUCCAAGGAAGGAAGAGGCUGCUUUUAAGAGCCCUGAGAGGUCCUCUUUGUUGGAGCGGUCUGAGACUGCUCCAAAAACAAAACAAGAUGGAUGACGUCUUAGAUGUCCUUCACAGUCGAGUCUGUGCUUUCUUCCUCCUGGCUCUGUGUUUCCAGUCUUUGGAAGGGUUGGGUUGGUGGUAUCCAAAUGCACUGAGUCAGUAAGAUCUUUAUUUGUGUUUACUUCAGUCACUGUUAGAACUCUGUUGAUCAGGAAACAUGUUAUCUGUUGCUGUUAAAGGAGAGAGGGGUAUAGAGUUUUUGUUAUUUGGCCUACAUGACCUUGUGUGACUUCACAAAAACAUUCAUGUGUUUGAUAUGUUAUACGGUUCGAGAGAAUGUGAUGACGAGCAUGAAAACAACCCCCACAAUGAAUGAAUGUUUUUGCUUUGUUAUGCCAUAGUCAUAUAUAUGCUAUGAAGGUACAAUAUAUUCACCCAUAGCUUAUCAGUCAUAGACACAUAGAAAAUAUUCUACCUAACGAUUGUUACAUUUUCUUCUUCUUCUUAACCCCCCACCCCCUUUUUUUCUCUUCAAUAGGUAAUUUCAUUGUGCUUCAAUAGGUAGGCUAGUCUUUCAAUUUUGUCACCGGGUUCGUCCCAUUGUCCUAAGCACAUCUCAUGGUUUUCCACAGACUAAAGAUCUGUCAUACUGUGAAUCUGCACUAUGAAAACCUGGGAACAUGCCCCCUCGCUUUGCCUUCUGGUCAUUGUAGUUGCCUAGCAUUCUCUGCCAAACUUCCUCUUUAGGCUUGUUUGAAUUGUGAUUGUCACACUUUAUUACUGGUUUGAAAUUAAAAAAAUCCUCUUUUAUUCCUCUUG